UGAUUUUCCAGCAUGAAUUCAUUCUGAAGCGUUUCAGGCGUCCUGGAAGCGCUGCCAAACCCCCAAGCCGCCAUGAGCAAGCAACUCCUGAGUCUAAGCAAGCACCUAAUCAGACUCUAGCUGAUUGGCAUCUCCAAGCACAACGUGCGGGGUCAGCCAGUGGGGAGCAAUGGCGGGCGCUCCUGUUGUUGAAGUCGGCCCCGAUGCUGUCGAAGAAGUGGACAGCGUUAAUAUUGACUUUGCAAUGUUCAAGCGCCUGGGAGCGAGCAUCAGACUUGGGAGCGAAACAGAGCGGGAAGCAAGUCCCGGCAAUGCUAGUCUUCUGGCGGUGUCCAACAUUUAUGGGGCAGUCUUCAUUGGAGAUGGUAGAGGCCUCUAUGCCGCACGGACUGCAACGCUUCUCGAGCUUGCCGAAGCCGCAAAGUCUUCUGGCGAGGCUAAAGUCGCGGAAGGAGAGGACGGUGUGAGGCUAGUCCCUGACCUGGAGGGUAUUCACACCCUCAGCCUGUCUGCUGAUGAGCUCCUGCUGGCAGUUGGUGCGAAGGGGGGCGUUUGCAUCUUCUCCACACAGGACUUGAUUGAUAAGGUCCAGCCCCCCCCUCGGCUGCAGUUUGACUUCUCAGUGCGUAGUCUGGCAUGGUCUCCGAGCGACAACCGGACGCUGCUAGCUGUUCUGGAUGACGACACUCUGCGGAUUGGUGACCUCAGCAAGGGCAUGCAAGGGCCCAGCAGGAGUGACGUGGUAGCUGCUUCUUGGAGCCCCGAUGGUCGCCACGUGGCGUUUGCAUCCAAGGACGGGGCCAUCUCGAUUGCGACAAAGGACCUCGCGACGGUGGUAGCGACAAUCAAACCCGCGCUGUCGGUGGGGCAAGCAGAGUUGGCGCAUCAUGUACUGAUUGACACCCUCCGGUGGAUCCGACCUGGCAUAAUCCUCCUCAGUCUAGUUCCCUUCAACGAGGACGGCUCCGAGGUCGAAGACAGCCCUCUAGUGGCCCUGGAAACGGCGUCUCGCUCUAGUUUCGCCGACGAAGCUUCGGACGUCCGAGAAGUGCUCUUCGACGGGCUGAGCCCGAGCAUUCAGUCUGAAGCGACGGACGCCAAUGCGGGACCGUAUCUGCACGCGAGUCUCAUCAAAGAAUGGAACGUAGUCAUAGUGGCGAACCGGAAGAGUUACGACGACCACAUCAACUUAGUCGGCUGGCGGGAAGAGGACGGGCAAGAGACGCUGCGCCAGUGGCAGAUUGAAGACGACACGUUCAUUCCUCGAGUGGAUAUGCCAGAGAGCGGCGAUGACAACUUUGUGGUUGGGUUGGCCAUCGACCGGACGUCCACGCAGAUUCAGCUGUACGAUCCGCGCGACCGCGAGACUCAGCUCCCGCCGCAGCCAAUCAUGCUGCACGUGACGUCAGAGGGCACGCUCAGCGCGUUCGUCUUUGCGAGGCUCGACGGCGCCAAGGACGUCCCCAACCUAGUUACCGCUCCGCGCCCAACUUUCGCCCCCCUGGAAGAGCUCCAAGCCGCCCCUCAAGAGCCAACCCCCCAAAAAGAAGCAGAAGAGCCAAAGCCAUCUGAAGCAGCCCCGUCACCUGAAGAAAGAGAAGGUACAGCUUCCCGUGGGGGUGCAGAGGAAGCGAAACCGGUCGACGACGUCAGCAGGUUGCGUGCGGCUGUGGCGGAGGCGGCGGAGCGGCGUGCUGCGGAAGCAAGGGCGGCGCAGGGGCAGGCACUGCCGCCAGCGGAUGAAGAUGCAGACCUUCUAGAAGACGAAGAAGGAGCAACCCCGCUUCAGCGGCAGCCUGUUUCGCCGCCCCUAGUUUCUAAACGUCCACCUGCUUCCGAAGAUAAGGCGGUGAUUACCCCCCUGGAAGAACCAGACAGCGCAAACCCCACAACCCAGAAACCGGGGCUCUUUGCCGCGCCGCCCCCUAUCCCGGCGUUCCUUCCUGGCUCAGAAGGGAAGCAGGCUAUUAGAACUCUUGCGAAGCCGGACAGCGUUAAACCGGAGAUGCAGAAACCGGGGCUGUUCGCUGCCGCGCCGCCUGUCCCGGCCUUCCUCCCGGGUUCAGAAGGAAAGCAAGCCAUCAAACCCCUCGCCAAACCAGACGGCGCAGAAAAAUCGACUCAAAAACCGGGUCUUUUUGCUGCCGCACCGCCGAUUCCUGAUUUCCUCCCUGGUUCGGAAGGGAAUCAGGUUAUCAAAACCCUGGAUAAACCGGUCAGCGCCAAACCCCAGACUUCAAAACCGGGUCUCUUCGCCGCUGCGCCCCCGAUCCCCACCUUCCUUCCCGGCUCAGAAGGGAAGCAGGUUAUCAAAGCCCUGGAGAAACCGGUUAGCGCCAAACCCGAGACUCCAAGACCGGGUCUCUUCGCUGCCGCGCCCCCAAUCCCCGCCUUUCUGCCCGGGUCAGAAGGCAAGCAGGUCAUCAAACCCAUCGACAAAACCGCUCCGAGUGUGGCCACUUCACCUUUUGGCGCAACUCAGCCGAAACCCUCAACCCCCUCACAAGCGCCCCCUCUCUUUGGCGCCCCCUCAACUGCUCCUCUCCCCACCCCCCCGCCGUUUACCGGCCCGUCGACGUCGCCCUUCGGCGCUUUCUCUAGCUCGGGAAACACAUUUGCGGCGCCCUCCCCCCCUUUGGGGGGGUCAUCUCCUGCCUUUGGGGGGUUCGCUCCGACCCCUCCCUUCGGCUUCUCGGCUGCCGAUGCCGGGGAAGAGUCUGGCCGCACGACCCCCGCUUUCGGCGCGAGAACGAGCGCACCCCCCCCGGCAGCUUCUUCUCCGUUUGCCGUUCCGAAGUUCGGCGAGCCUGCAAAGCCGGAAGGCGAUAAGGCCGUCAAGAUGGGAACGCCUAAUGGCGGAUUUGCAGGGGUUGGGACUGGGGGGGGGUUUAGCGGCUUCCGCACCGGGGGCGGUUUCAGCCCGUUCGCUGCGCCCCCGAAAAGCGCCGACGCGGGCCCCGUUCCCGAGGCGCCCGCCGCGGCGCUACUCGAAACCAGAGCCGCGCACAAGGAGCCGGCGCCCCUGCAAGGCCUCGGGAAACGAGAAUCGGUACAGGAGAGGCGGGAGUCGGUGCAGGAGAGGCGACCCAGUUCUCCAAAGAGGGGACAUUCGUCGACGGACUUGCAGGCAGAGGAGGAGGCUAGCAUGCCUGCGGCGAAUCAGGGCCACGUGAAACGGACGGCGGUUCGAGCGUCUAGCAGGGGGCAGGGCGCGGCAGGGAAAGCGACCCCCCAGGAGGGGAAGAAGCCGGCCGGUGGGGUAGAUGAGGAGGCGGAGUUUCUGAAUGAGUUGGAUGAGGUCCAGCACAUGGCGGCCGAGCUCGACGCCCUCCUCGCCCCCCUUAGAGCUUCCUCUCCGGCCGGCUCAAACAACCCUCUGCACCGAGAAUCUCUAGAGGGCCUCUUCCGAAGCACUGCGGCCCUUUAUCAGGAGUGCCUGGAGCUUCGGGAAGAGGUCGCGGGGGCGGGGCGUAGGGUCCAGGGCCUAAUGGCGGAUACGCACCGAGCUGACACGUGGCGCAUCGUGCUCGAGAGUAAGGUGGAGCAGGCGCGAGACGAGCGGUUUAGAGUCUUGUGGGAUGAGAAGGGGCUGGAGCCGAAGGUGGAGGCGCAAAGAAAAGGCUUGCUAGCAACGGACCAGGCUCUGAAGCGAAAGCUGACGGACCUCCAAAUCCACCUCCAAACCCUGGAGCUGCGGCAACGGCCCCCAGUGAAAGAGAGCCCAGCUCGGCGGCUCGGUGCUUUCGGAGCGAAGCGGCCCGGAAAAGAGGGGGCGUUCCCGCCCAAAGAACAGCCGAAACCUUCAGUUCAGUCCCUGUACAAUACAGUCAACACCCAAAUGGCGGUCGCACAAGAACAGGCGUCCCGCUUAACCCACCUCAUGGCCCAGUUGGGAAUCAACGAUCGCGCCACCCCCCCAAAAUCAGGCAUGGAGAGCACCCCCCGCGCCGAGGAGAUCCUACGGUCGCUCAACAUCUCGCCCACCGAGCGCUCGCCAGCUGUGCGCACCCCAAAGUCGUCAGCAAUGAGGACUGGCACCGGCACCGUCUUCCGUGUCCCGGACUUUGAUGACGUCAUAGGUGACGUCAGCCCGUCCAAGAGCCCCCUCCCCAAGCAGCGGCUUACCUACUCCCCCGCCUCCGCGAAUGGGGGGGUGAGAAGAGCAGGGACGGCGACCCCCCAGUCCGCGGGGAAAGCGGGCACGCCAAUUUUCGGGGAGGGUACGCCACUGAGUGAGAGGAGAGUCGCUCGGGAGGGUCUCUCCAAGUACCACGCACCCACGACCACCAUCAAAAGAGGGGGUACUUCUCAGAGAGCGCAGCCACCCCCUUCCCCCGUGCCAUAUGCUGGCGCCCACCUCUCCCGCCGGACGUCCGGAGCCCCCCAGCUGGUCGAAGAGGCAUCCGAAGAGUCCGUUUACACCGAAGAGGACGAGAUCGAAGCGGUUUCGGAAGGAGAACAACGGCAAGCCGAAAGGCGGCUUAGCCGCAGAAGCCCGCAGGCCUUCGGCGUGAGCGGCCCCGUUUCGGGGGGACUGACGCCCGGCAAGGCACAGCCCCCCCCCACGCAAGCGAAGCCCUCGGGGGGUCCGGUUGCCCGCGCGAACGAGCCCCCCAAGACGAAACCCCCCGGUUUCGGCCAGAACCCGUUCCAGAGUCCAUUUGCUAAUUUUGGACAAAAGAGUGCGGAGGGGGUCAAACAGGUCUCUAGCACCGCUUUUGCUCCUUUUGGGACGGGGCCAGGUUCGAAGGAAGGGACGAGUGCUUCGACGUCGGGACCGUUUAGCGGGUUCGCGCUGCCAGUUAGGCCAACUAGCAUGACGGGGAAAAGCGACAGCGGUUUCAAGCCAGCCACCAAUCCAUUCUCGACCGGCCCCACAUCCGAUUUCGCCGGUUUCGGAGCACCCAGCUCGUCGAAAGCGGCCCCAGCCACCGUUUCGGAGCUCAAGUUCGACACGAGCGAAUCGACGCUGACGUCAGCCGCAUCGGUGCCGGCGGCCAGCUCGCAGCCUGGGCUCUUCUCGGGCUUCGCUGGCGUCACUUCUCAGCCCGCUGGCAGUAAGAGAGAGGCAGGGUCAAGACCGGGGGUAAAGCUUAACUCUGCGGUUUCGGCUCCGCCGCAAGCCGGGGGCUUCUCGUCAUUCGCUGAGCUGGCAAAGACCGCCUCUGAUGUCGGGAGAAGUCGGAAGAGGGACGGGGAUAAGCGCCGGGGCGAUAGGGGCAUAAGUGAUGAGGUGACCAUAAGCGAUGACGAGGCGCCUAGUGAAGAGGAGGGGAGGGACAACGAGAGGCGGAAGAGAGGCGAUGAGAAAAGGAGAAGCGAGGAGACGCAAAUGAGUAAUGAGGAGAGAAUAAGCGUUGAGAAGAAAGUAAGCGAUCGAACGGAAGCGCCGCCGGUCGACACGUCAGCGCCGAAAACGGGGAAACAACACGUGGCACAGCCCGAAGCUGCCACGUCAGAAGCGCCAGAAACCUCCAAAGCCCCUGCGGUUGGGUUUGCAUCGUUUGGGGCCGCUUCCGGGUUCGCCGGUUUUAGCCAGUCCUUCAAUUUUGGAGCAGGGAAACAAGGGGCUUCGGAAGGGGCUAAACCACCAAACCUCUUUGGAGCAGUAAGCGCGGCUCCCCCGGUCUCAUUUGCAGGGUUUGCCAAACCGCAGACUGCGACAACGGGCGAAACGCCGAGCCCGUUCGGUGUCUCUGCGGCGCCGUUCCUCAAACCCCUCGCUUUCAAGUUGGAUUCAAAGAGCGGAGAGGAGAAGCAAAUCCCUUCAGCAGAGGAGCAAGAGCCGUCAAGCAGUCUCGAUCAAAGCAAAGAGCAGCAGGCUGGGACUCCAGAUCGAGCGACCGGGCAGUCAGCAAACGAGGAUGAGCAAAAACCGGAAGGUCCAAAGGCUGCGGAAAACGCCCCGGUUGACACCAAACUGCCCGAGCAAGUGUCCUCUCCCGCUCCAGCCCAAAAACCGGUGUCAGCACCGGACGGCCCGCCUCCCCCAGAAGCGCCGGAAAAUCCGGAAAGCCCCCGGACACCCCCGACGGAGGUGCCCAGUUCCCCGUUCGGAACCACCCCCCCUCAAUCACAGUCUCCGGGAGCCCUCUUUUCGAGUACGGCGUUCCCCGCAUUCACACCCUCGUCUCCGGUGGCUGCUUCUGCUUCUCCGUUCUCGUCCCCACCAAGUGUGAAAACCCCAUCUCCUUUUGCAUUUGCGCAAAUCCAGCCUGCGAUGCAGUCUUUCGCCCCCCCUCCUCCAGCGCCACCAAUUCCACCCCCCCAGGAAGAGAAAGAAGAGUCUAUGGACGAAGAAGACGUUUCGAACGCGGCUGGGGCCCUCGGCGGGUUUGGUGGGUUUGGAGGUUUUGGGUUAGGAAGCGCAACCCCGGCUGACCCCUCCAAACCGAGCCCGUUCGGCUUAACGUCGUUCCCGUCUCCCGGGGCUCCUUCCCCCGCCAUCUCCGCCCCCCCCUCGGACCCAAACGCGCUCUUCAAACCGGCCUCGUUUGCACUCCCGGGGGCCAGCUCUCCUUUCACUGCCUCAGCUAACCCAAGUGGGUUUGGUAAAAUCACAUCGCCGUUUGGCGCGCCGACUGCGGGAUCAGCGUUUGGGCAGCCCGCGAGCCCAGGGUUUGGGGGUUCAGGCUUUGGGCAACCGGCCAGUUCCGGGUUUGGGAGUCCGGGGCAGAUCGGAGGAGCCACGUCAUCAAACCAGGUUAUCGGGGGGAUGGUCGGCGGGUUUGGACAGAGCAGAACGCUGGGGCCGGCGCUGCCUGGAGUCGCCCAAUCGGCGCCCGCAUUUGGGAGCGCCCCGACCGCGGGCGCCUUCGGCAGCUUCGCGGCUAAACUCUCCGGAGGGUUUGGAGGUUUUGCCGGCCAGUCCAGUGGCGGGGGCUUUGCGGCCGCGGCUUCGUCGCCUGGCUCAGGGUUUGGAGGCUUCGGAGGUGCAGCAAGUCCUGGGUUUUCAGGGUUCGCCGGUGCCGCGGCACAAGGCGGAGGGUUUGGAGGUUUGGGCGGCGCCCCCAGCUUUGGCGGGCCGCCCGCCGGCGGGGAUCCGCGCUUUACGCAGAUAAGAAAGUGAUGAUGGUGACAAGCGUGAGAAAGCGAAAAGCUAGAAAACAAUAUGCAGACUCGGGAGAGGGCGGUUGCCUCAUCAUAAGUACGAAGCUCGUUUCUAAAGAAAGGCGGAGGAGAGUCUGAUGAAAGAGUUGGAGAUGGAAGCGUCUGUUGUGGCACGUUGGUAGGCCCAAAGAUCCUGUCACGAGAUUUCCUGUCUUGUUGACCUCGUCUGGGGUGGUAUUUGUGCGGUAUCUGUUUGAAAUCUGAAGCAUUUGCGAACGAAGGAAGUGCAAUCAGCCAG